AUGGACGAAUACGAGGAGGCUGUCCUCUUCACGUUUGCGCUCCUCGAGACGCGAUUAGAUCGCCUGGAAUAUAUUCUGGGUGAUUCCCAAGACAGCACCAAGGACAAGGCGAAGACAAUUCCAGACCGCAUACACAAGAUGGAGCAGUCGCUGCAGCAGCUCGCCGGCAAGACCGCAUUGCUCGACGAAACGAACAACCUGCUGAGCAAGCACAAAGAUGUCCUUACACCCGCUCUCCACAACCACGACUCCACCCCCGAAAACGACGACGAUGCAGACGGCCCCGCACUCGACACCAACCAGCGCGCAGCCCUGGUCCUCGAACGCGCCCCCGCCAUCUCCCAAACCGCCUCGCAACUCCAAGCCCUCGCCGACCAACAAGUCCCUUCCACCGACGGCUUCGCCAAGCUAGCUGUCCUGCGGCCCCGCAUUGCUGAGGCAGAAGACCGCCAGCUACAGCAAGCACUCAAAAUAUCCGAGCUGCGAAGACGGAACGGGCUACUGAAUCAGAGAUAUAGGCAUGUCAUGUUCCUUGGCGCGGGGAGGUGCUGGGUCGACUACAACGAGAGGCUUACCAAGGGGUUGAGAGCGCUCGUUAGGGAGGAGUACAGACGGAGGGAGGACACGGAGGAGGGGAGGGGAAUGGAAAGGGAUGAAGAAGAAGAAGAAGAACUAGAAGGGGAAGGAGAGGGCGACGAGUCCAAGUCUGAGUACUCGGAUGACGAGCUGUGA